UCGGUGAUGAACAGCCGUGACAGGUAAGGAAAAGUACGGGAAUAUAUUUAGGGUUUCUCAGUCCGUCCUGUGUAUCACUUUUGUCAGUCCUGCGAAAGGAGAGACUUCGUUCCACACGUGAAGGUCUUAUAACGAUUUCUGUGUAAAUUCGCUAUGACUAUCACGUCAUCAGGUUCGAGCUGGAGUUUGUUGUCAUGGUCGACGCCUUUGCUUAAACGCAGGAGGAAAUGUUCCGAUUCACAGAAGUCUACACAUGUGCAUAAAUGUAGUUGUGAAGAGGUUAACAAACUUGACUCCCAUGGAAGAAGUCUGCUUUUCUAUGCAGCACAAUAUGACCAACCGGAAGUUGCUAUUCAGCUUCUUGCUGCCGGAUGUGACCCAAAUGUGGGAGAUAAUGAAGGAAUUACUCCAUUACAUGAGGCAGUAGACGCCGGAAGCAACGAUGUUCUGAAACUUUUUAUCAAACAAGGUUGCUGUGAUGUAAACGCCGCCAAUAAAGCUGGUGAAACUCCCCUGAUGUAUGCUACCAUAAAGGACGAUAUCGAGAUGACAAAGUUGCUGAUUAAGUCAGGAGCUAGAAUUAACGACGUAGACCACAUGGGGCGAUCUGCGUUUCUGAUUGGCUUACAUCUGGGGUCGGAGAGGUCAUGUUUACAUCUGUUGAAGUGUGGAUGUGACGUCAAUCAGACUGACCUUGAAGGUCACUCAGCACUCCACUUCGCCACUUAUGCAACUGACCUCCAAACACUUGACAUUGCCAGGAAAAUACUAAAAUCAGGUUACACAGCUAGGAAAGACUCGGAGUGGCUGAAAAAAGCCGGAGAAUGCUCUUCUUGCUUAUUCCAGAAAGAUGAAAAAUUUUACAAACAAGUAUUGUCUAAAGCUGGAAUCAAAAGUAAGAAAAGCGAGAAACCGGAACUGAUCAAAACCAUUCGACUGACUUACUUACAGAAAGUGUUUCAAACCCGUGGAUCCUAAACAGUGACUUGGAUGUUCUUGGACAAAUACGAAUAAUAUGCAAAUGAGAAUUCGAUCAUCACACGGAACAAUUAGUUUGACUAUAUAUUGUAUUUAAAAAACAUAGUGCUAAAGUGUCUGUUUUGGACUAACAGUAUUAUAAUAUAUAAUUCCUGUGUUGAUGAUUUCUGAUUACUUAAUGUAUAAACCUGUAUUGUUGAUGUGGGCAAGCAUUGUAGAUUUUCGGUGUGUUAAUGAAUCGGAGACAAAAUAUAACCGAACCUAAUGACCGUGUUGUUUGAUUGGUCCAAAGUACACAACAUAAACUUUAAAGUCCUCAAUUUUUAUUUGAAAAUAUAGAACUAAAGAUAUCAAAAACAAUGUCCGUAUUUGAAAUGUGCAUUUUUAUAGGAAAAAAAACAGGACAAAAGGACCAAACAGAACUGAAAAUAACAGGAAAAAAUUAUUGUAAUAAUGAAUACCUAAAUUUUGAAUACAAUGUCUCUGACAAUGUUUAUACAUAUGUAGAACAAUUAAAUCAUCGACUUUUGAAACAGCACUGUAACUGUUUGGAUUUACUUCACGUUAACCUCACGGACAUAACAGGGAGUUGUAUGUAAUCGUUAACUGAUACAAAGCCUCAGUACGUAAUCGAUAUCUAUAUUGAUCAAUGUGAUACUUUCGAAUGUCACUAUUUUCUGCUUUCAAAGUAACUAAAGGGACUUGUUCAAGAAAUGAAAAUUUUAUAAUAUAAUGGCAUCAGCCAAAAUUGCGUCUUUUUAGGUUAACGCAAGUUGAUAUUUCUUUUUCAUCAAGUGUUUACCUUGGGGUUUUAUGAGCAGUACCAAAAAUUUAUAGUGAAAUGUUAGCCCUAAAUUUCGCACCCAAAAGAUACCCUCUAGCAAGGACAAGAUAGUGCUUCCUCCGUAAAUGCAGUUUAAUGACCAACCUUUGGUCUCUACGAUAGAUUUUACGGCCCAACUUGACAGUGAUUGGUAGUCUUUGUCCCUUACUAUGUCGUCCGUGACAAAGGCUAUUAUCUAGGUGGCAGGGCAACCUUGAUAUCAAUGUGCAGGUGUAUAUGAUAUGUAUAACUGUUGUUUUUGUUUUGCUACCUAAUAAUAGAGUUGAGAUAUUUGCAUGCUUUAUUGAUAAUGUAUAUGCUGCAACAAUAACGUUUUAAUCAGUCCCGAUUUUUCAAUUGUAAUAUUGGAUUUUUUUUUUAAUUAAAUAAAAUGCUUUCAUUUUCUA